AACUUAGAUAAGAAGGACACAGAAGAGAAGGAAAACUCUUCUCCUGUGGUUUACCUGUAGGAGUUUAAGGUCUGACCAUCGCACCUUCUUGAUCCGCCCAUCUGCGUUGAGUAUGAAGCCUGUGUUCUUCGCUCUCCUCAUGCUUGGGGCUUGCUCCCUGGGCUGGGGGAGAAUCAUCAGACCCCGCAAGCCCGAAAUCAUCACCUUCCCUGAGGACAUCGUGACGUACAUGAACGACCAGGAGUUUGCUAAUGCAUACUUGGAACGCUUUGGCUACAUGAACGUGCAGCAUCGCAGCAGAAUGCCAAUGUCGACGUCCACAGCCAAAGCCCUGAAGCAGCUGCAGAAGAACUUUGGCCUGGAGGAGACAGGGCAGCUGGACACGGCUACCAUCAACGCCAUGAAGAAGCCUCGCUGUGGGGUUGCAGAUGUUCGAAAUUACCAGACCUUUGAGGGAGAUCUCAAAUGGGACCAUAAAGACAUCACUUAUAGGAUCCUGAACUACUCACCGGACAUGGAGGAGUCUCUGAUUGACGAUGCCAUCGCUCGUGCCUUCAAAGUAUGGAGUGAUGUCACCCCACUGACCUUCACACGUCUAUACGAUGGAACAGCAGACAUCAUGGUGUCCUUUGGAAAAAAAGACCAUGGAGACGCCUAUCCCUUUGACGGCAAAGAUGGACUCCUGGCUCAUGCCUAUCCCCCUGGGGAGGGUAUGCAAGGUGAUGCCCACUUUGACGAUGAUGAGUUCUGGACCCUGGGCACGGGCCCUGCGGUGAAGACUCGCUUCGGCAACGCGGGAGGAGCCAUGUGCCAAUUCCCCUUCAUAUUCCAGGGAAAGUCGUACUCCAGUUGUACAACAGAAGGCCGCUCCGAUAACAUGCUUUGGUGUGCAACUACAGCCAAUUAUGACAAAGACGAACUCUACGGCUUCUGCCCCAGUGAAUAUCUGUAUACGAUUGGCGGGAACAGUGAUGGGGCACCUUGCAAGUUUCCUUUUGUGUUCCUUGGCGAGUCCUUCGAUAGAUGCACCACUGAAGGCCGCGACGAUGGCUACCGCUGGUGUGCCACCACUAACAAUUUCGAUAUCGACAAGAAGUAUGGCUUUUGCCCCAACCGAGACACGGCUGUGAUUGGUGGAAACGCAGAGGGGGAGCCUUGUCACUUCCCUUUCACUUUCUUGAAGAAGACGUACCAUUCUUGCACCAGCGAUGGCCGGGGUGAUGGUAAACUGUGGUGCGCAACAACAGAGAAUUACGACAAGGACACGCAGUGGGGCUUCUGCCCAGAUCAAGGGUACAGUCUGUUCCUGGUGGCGGCUCAUGAGUUUGGCCAUGCCCUUGGUUUGGAGCACUCUAACAUCACAAAUGCCCUCAUGUUCCCAAUGUACCGCUACAUAAAGGACUUCCCUCUGCACAGCGAUGACAUCCAGGGCAUUCAGAAACUCUAUGGAAGAAAACCUGGCCCCUCGCCUCCUAAUACUACAAUUGUCACACCCGUCACCACUGAAGACUCACUGGAAACCACACCCACUCCCACCCCCGACUUGCCUACUCAACAGCCUAUCGACCCCUCUCAGGAUGCCUGCAAGGUAGACAAGUUUGACUGCAUCACUGAAAUCCAGGGAGAUUUGCAUCUUUUCAAGAAUGGGCAAUACUGGAGGUUGUCUUCCCAGAAGGAAGGUGAAAUUAAUGGCCCGUAUUCCAUAUCGGGCACGUGGCCAGCCCUGCCACCCACCAUUGACUCCGCCUUCCAGGACCUGCUCACCAAGAAGCUGUAUGUCUUCUCAGGCCGCCGCUUCUGGGUGUACACGGGGAUGAAUGUUCUGGGCCCCCGUAGCUUGGAAAAACUGGGCCUGCCAAGUAACAUAAUGCGAGUGGAGGGAGCUGUGCAGCGCGGCAGAGGCAAGGUGCUUUUGUUCAGCGGGGAGAACUACUGGAGACUGGAUGUGAAAACACAGAUAAUCGACAAGGGCUACCCCCGAUUGAUAGACCUGACUUUUGGAGGAGUUCCGGUUGAUGCUCAUGACGUCUUCCUAUACAAAGGAAACACGUACUUUUGCCGGGAUCGGUUCUACUGGAGGAUGAACUCACGGAGGCAGGUGGACCGGGUGGGCUACCUGAAGUACGACGUGCUCAAAUGCCCAGAUUUCUCCCACCAACACUUCUGAAGCACCACCAAUCAACCUGUCCGGGUCUUCUGGCACCCAGCUCAGACCAAACCAUCUUCUACAGAACACCCUUCUAUAUUUUGUUAAAUAAAAUGGUUAGAACAUGACAGAGCAUUCCAGAAAAACUCUGGAAUAGUUAAAUCUCCCUUUCCAGAUAAUUGGGUUCUUCUGUAAUACUCCCAACGGAGUAGUUAAGAUGAUACAAUUUGUUUUAUUUUUUUAAAGUAUUGUUUAACAAUACAGUGUAAUUAGUGAUACUUAUUAUAACAGGCGAUAGCUUUUUCUUCAUAUGAACCGCUGUUUCCUUACAGUGUCGAUUGUCUCCUCCGUCUACCUUUUGCACUUUUCCGGUACAAACUCGUGAUUACGAAGCAGUAUUGUGCGACUAUAUAAAGUAUUGUGUAUUUUAUUGAAUUAUGCUAAAUAAUUUUAUACCAGUAUGUAACACAGCGACGGAUCCAGAGAAAAUCACAUGUAUUUUCUCCUAGGCGAUUUUUAGUGUUUGAUCAAUGUGAUCCCACCGUAAGUCCAGCUCGAUCAGAGGCAGGUUAUAUACGUUGUAUGAGGUUACAUGAACAGCUCCUGCUGUUCAAAGACGGUACAUGAGGUUUCAGAUUAUUUAAUUCUGCUUAGCAUUCACCUGCCUGGAGCAGAGGAUCAAUGUGUGUUUGAAAACCGUGACUGCUUAAAACGUUUUAUAUUGUUAAUGUGUAUUUUUGUGUGUUUGUGCUGUGAAGUGAUAACAAUGAAAUGAUCCUCACUGUUGCACUGGAACGCAUGUUACAAAUCAGUCUUGUGAUUAUUUAAUAGGUCACAUACAUUCUGUCACUGUUAGAAUUCCAGUUUUAGGAAAGACUUCAUUAAAAAUCACUUGUGUACUGAAUUAAA